GCGUAAAGUCUCACAUUUAGCCCUAAACCAAAACACCGAGUUCACAUCGUGUGUUUAGAUGAGCUCGGAUCAAAAAUGCUCUCAAAUACAAACAUCUUACCCAAACUCUACCUCUCUAUCAUUGAUGAUGUGAUAGAGAGUGUCCGAGAGCUGUUCAUUGAUGAAGGAGUGGAGGAAAAAGUGCUAGAUGAGCUCAGGCAGUUGUGGGAGUCGAAGGUCCUGCAGUCAAAAGCUGUGGAAGGCUUUUCUAAAGAGAGCAUCAAUCCAUCCAACUUUGUUCUGCAGCUACCUGCAAGUUAUUCCCACGCACUCCCGAAAUCCACAGGUUCUGUUGUUCUUCCUUCCAGGCAGCAGAGUUUCACAGGGAAAGCUACCAACACCAGCACUAUUGCGACAUUUUCCCUGCCACCCGGCGUUACCUAUCCUGUCCAGAUCCCUGCAGGUGUGACGCUACAGACUGCUUCUGGCCACUUCUACAAAGUGAACGUUCCCGUGAUGGUGACACAGGCUCCGGGUUGCCACCGCAUGCCUCCUCAAUCCAACCAACCGCAAAUGGAGCAGAGAAACCUGCCCUCUGGUGGUAUCAUUCAUAACCUCCCUGCAUCCCAGGUGCCUCCUCCACCUCCAUGUCCCCAAUCCGUACCCGCUCCACAAGCCCUCCAACCGCUGAUGCCUCAACAACCCCAGGUGCUCCAGCCUUCUCAGAGUCCCCUCGAUCUUCCUCUUCUUCAGGAUCCCGAGCCUUUGGUCGACCCCCAGCCUGCAGAGUCACCCCCAGGAAACCUGGAUGAGUUCACGCUGGACGGGAUUGACUUCAGCCUGCAGCCGGUGGAUAUGAGCACUCCGCCGUGUCUCUCGGCAGAGCAGAUGGUGGAGAGGGCUGUUAGAGAAGUGGCAGAAGCCAGGCUUGAUUCUGAGGACACGCUAAGUCAGUUCCUGCCUGAUUUGGAAAGGACACCUGGUGCACUUAAGCUGGACAUGGACCUCAUAAGAGACUACAACUUUAACGACUUGACAGACAUCCCGCAGCUUGACGGGGCGUGUGACAGCAGCUCAGAGGCAGGAGAUGAUCAGGAGGAGGAAAGAGAGGUGCAAGGCCCUGUCGGAGAAAACGAGUUCCUGGGCAUUAUCAAUGCAGAGGCUCUGCAGGCGCUCCAGGGGGUAGGAGGGAGCAGCGACGGAAACAGCAGCUCCAGCAGUGAGGAGCCUGAGCUGGAGGAGGAGGUAGAGGAGGAGGAUCCUCUAAACUCCGGUGAUGAUGUAAGCGAGCAAGACAUCCCCGAGAUCUUUGACACUGAAAACGUUAUUGUCUGUCAGUAUGAUAAGAUUCAUCGCAGUAAAAACAGGUGGAAGUUUUAUCUGAAGGACGGCGUGAUGUGUUACUGUGGGAAGGACUAUGUUUUUUCCAAAGCUGUUGGAGAGGCUGAGUGGUGAGAUGCGGCAAAGCAACAAACAAAACAAAACAUGUCCUACAUGGUACUAAAUAUGUUUUUUUUUAUGUUUUAAAGUUUUUUUUUCUUUUUGGUAACAUAUGUAUUUCUUUAUUUUGGCUAAUUCCUAAUUGGUAGUUCUCAAAAAGAACGUCUCAGGCUUGAAAGGAAGAAAAACCUUAUGUUGAUAUUUCAAUGUGUGUGUAUUUAUUUAUUUAUGUAUUUUCUAAUUCAGAAGUCGGCUCGAAAUUGGUUUUGAAAAUCUGUUUAAUUUUGCAUUAACUUUGUGUUAUUGUGAGAACUCGCGCAUGUUUAAUACUGCGUUAUAUUUUUUCCCUUUCCAGAAUGUUCAAAAUAUUUAUGAAAGUGAUUUAAAUUUUCAUGAUGUUAAAAAAUGCCUUAAUUUUUUGUUCUUGUCACUGUUAAAAUUA